AUGCGCACACCGCGAGUGCGCAUUGUGGCGGCCUUAUUGGUAUUGGCAGUUUUGCCGUGCUUUUCCCUCCCAGGAGCUUAUUCCUGAGGGAACACUCUGUGAGCUUGCUGUAUUUGCUUAAGCUGUGCCUGUUUUUUACACUGUAUUUUUACAUUUUAAAUUUUUACAUUUUUACAUACUAUUUGUGCUUGCUAUAUUUUAGUUAUCUGCAGGCUGAUAAGAUAAUUGAUGGCUCUGCCACUAAGGCCACCAUAACCACAACACCCCUACCGGUGCCGAAAAUACCCACAAUAAUUGAAGCAUCACAGGAGCAAAUGGACUCGGAAGAGUUACAUUCCCUCCUAGACGCUGCUAUGGCGAAGUCUGUGACGCAAGCCAUAUUUACCGCAAUGGGAGCCAUGUCGGAUAAUAUAUCCCAUUCGAUAACCAAUGCACUAGUGAUAACUCAGCUACCACCAGAUCCCAUGGUUAACCCCCCAGAGAGUAAACCGGUGGCCCCUAGUGGGCGUAAAGCCACAAAAAAGUCUCGCCAUUUGGACGAGUAUGCCUACAAAAUCUUACAGACAGAAAGGGUACAUCCUGUCACAGAACCAGUGUUUGGACCACAACUAAGAGCCCCCCACCAGGCAAAAUCGGUGAGGAACUGGAAGAGGACAAAGGCCCUGAUUGAAUCCUCCGACUCUGAAUAG